AUGAUCUGGCGUAAGACUGUUGGUGAUCAUCAUUCACUCGGCGAUUGUGAUAGAGACCUUUGGCCCUUUGUAUUAAACCUGCCGUAAAAUCACUAUUAAACGGAAUAUUUUUUAUUUGUUUGAAUCGGAGAGCUGAAUGGACCUUCUAAUCACGCAUGGAUGAUCGAAGAACAGAUUUAAGAUGGUCUUUCCGCUAGUUUCAGCAGCGUUUCUGCCUCAAUAACAUUAUGUCCAGUACUGCCGAACUGUCAUCGACGGGUUAGCCGGCGAGCUAAACAACAAAGCGUGACGGGUUAAUAAAUCUUUUUUUCUUCAUCAUAUCGUCGUGACAACAACAUUUCGCUGGAUAUUUUAUUAUUUAAUAACGCCGUAGCAUUUUCUACAUGGUUUAAACUUGUUUUUAGUAUCACGAAGAUGGCAUUGGGACACGCAUACUAUUUAUCUAAUUGCUAUCAGUUUUAAUAGGAUCAAUACGAUGCUUUAUCUCCUUCUUUCUGGGGAUUUAAACUGCUGAUCGUGUCACCCAUGGUGAUGGUUGCUAUUAGAGACGAAGCAUCUUUUUCCAUGGCCCCGUCUGGAGCUCCUCUUGAGCCUGUCUCUGCUGGGGAUCUACAGUGAUGCAGUUUUGUUGUUGUUUUGUAGGUGAUGAGUGUAGCAUGCAGACGUGUCACAUGGGUGCCAACGUGUUAUCAAGGUGACAGGCAGGUGAGACAACAGCAAUUGGCUGAGUAACACUAACGACAGGACUUUGUGUGAGGAAAAUUUGACUUGAUCGUUCUUUCUUCCUUAGUAAAUUUGUAAUAGACACUAGAAGCAUCUCAGAAAUGCACCAGAGCGGCAUUCAUCCAAGUGAGACGUUCAGAUAAGAACAGGAACUGUAAAGUUAUUGAGCUGGAACAGUGUAUCUAUUCAAAUGCUGUGGGUGUUGCUAAAUCUUCCCUGCAUUAUGUUUUUUGACAUUACAUUUGAAAAUGAUGGACCGGAGGUGGAUGAACUCUAACUUGGUGCUAAAUAAACACAUAUAAGAUAGGAAAAGUUGACUCAGACACCUGCCUAAGGUGUCUUCAUCUACGUGAAGUCCAUUGUGAAACCAGUGGAUUUGAGCCAUGUGGAUGCUUCAUUUUGCAACAAUGUUGCCUGCUUUUUUGCUGCUGUUUUUUAUGGGAACCUCCAUCAGUUUGUCAGAGUCCAUGAGUAGAGAUGAGAAGCAUAAACUGAGGAACCAAGUGCUGGAAAUGUUUGACCACGCUUAUCAAAACUACAUGGACCAUGCCUACCCCGCAGAUGAGCUGAUGCCUUUGACUUGCCGUGGGAGAGUACGUGGACUAGAGCCCAGUCGAGGGGAUAUAGAUGAUGCCCUGGGGAAGUUCUCCCUCACCCUCAUCGACACUCUUGACACUCUUGCACUGUUAAAUAAGACGGUGGAGUUUGAGGAGGCGGUGAGGAGAGUGGUGGCGGAUGUACGGUUGGAUAAUGACAUCGUGGUGUCCGUAUUUGAGACCAACAUCCGGGUGCUGGGUGGACUACUGGGAGGCCAUUCCAUGGCUGUCAUGUUGAAAGAAAGUGGCCAAAUGGUCUGGUACCAGGACGAGCUGCUGCACAUGGCCAAAGAUCUUGGACUCAGACUGCUGCCUGCAUUUAACACCAGCAGUGGCCUGCCUUACCCUAGAGUGAACCUGCGUUAUGGAGUCCGUGGACCCGAGACCCGUACAGGCACGGAAACGGACACCUGCACUGCCUGUGCCGGGACAAUCAUUCUAGAAUUUGCAGCCUUGAGCCGCUUUACUGGGGACCCCACAUUUGAGGCUCAUGCGAGAAGAGCUCUUGACUUCCUUUGGGAAAAGAGACAGAGGAACAGUAAUCUAGUGGGAACAACCAUCAAUAUCCACUCAGGAGAGUGGGUCCGCAGAGACAGCGGAGUUGGGGCAGGCAUAGAUUCCUAUUAUGAGUACUUAAUGAAGGCUUAUAUAUUACUUGGAGAUGAUCGAUUUCUGCAGCGCUUUAACACUCACUAUGCAUCCAUUAUGAAGUACAUCAGCCAACCUCCUCUGCUACUGGACGUCCACAUCCACAAACCCCUGCUGCCAGCUCGCACCUGGAUGGACUCCUUGCUUGCCUUUUUCCCUGGAUUGCAGGUGUUAAAGGGGGAUAUCCGGCCAGCCAUAGAGACGCAUGAAAUGCUUUAUCAGGUUACCAAGAAACACAACUUCCUCCCUGAGGCCUUCACCACCGAUUUCAGGGUUCACUGGGCUCAGCACCCCCUCCGGCCAGAGUUUGCAGAAAGCACCUACUUCCUCUAUAAGGCAACCAGAGAUCCAUAUUACUUGGAGGUGGGCCGCACCAUACUGGAGAACCUGAACCGGUUCGCUCGGGUUCCCUGUGGCUUCGCUGCUAUGAAGGAUGUGAGAACAGGGAGUCACGAGGACCGCAUGGACUCGUUUUUCCUGGCGGAGAUGUUUAAGUACCUGUUCCUGUUGUUUGCUGAGGAGGAGGAUUUGCCUUUUAAUGUGGAGGACUACGUCUUUACCACAGAAGCUCAUCUGCUGCCUCUUUCCCUCUCCACUGCUUCAAACUCAAAGGCGCCCCCUUUAGUAAACAAUAUGGCUGGAGAGGAGCUUGAUGACUCAAAUUUUGAGUGGACUUGCCCUAACACCCGCCUACUCUUUCCUGAUCCCGCCUUCCCACGCAAUCUCCGUGAACCAAUCAGGAGUGCGGUGGAUAAGAGUUGUCCGCGGCCAACCACUCAUCGAGAACCUGGUAUGGGACGUCCUCCUCUUAGGGCUCAAGACUUCAUGGCCAAUAACCCUGAACAUCUGGAGCUGCUGAGGCGGAUGGGUGUCAGUCUCAUCCAUUUGAAGGAUGGCAGAGUACAACUCGUUCAACAUGCCACACAGGCGGUGAGCGCAGUCGCUGCAGAAGAUGGCAUGCGUUUCAUGCAGGAAAUGAUGGAGCUAUCCAGCCAGCAGCAGAAAGAGCAGCUUCCUCCGCGAGCUGUUCAGAUUGUUUCGCACCCCUUUUUUGGUAGAGUGGUUCUGACCGCAGGCCCUGCGCAGUUUGGAAUGGAUCUUUCCAAAAGCAGUUCUGGAGUGCGUGGGUUCGUAACCAUAGCGGAGCCCUAUAACGGCUGUUCUGAGUUGAGUAACGGUGAAAUUGUGGCAGGCCGCAUCGCUCUGCUGCAAAGAGGCCAGUGCAUGUUUGCAGAAAAGGCCAGGCACAUUCAGAAAGCUGGGGCCAUCGGAGGCAUUGUCAUAGAUGACAAUGAGGGCAGCAGCAGUGAUACGGCUCCAUUGUUCCAAAUGGCGGGAGAUGGUCGGAACACUGAUGAUGUCACUUUACCACUUCUUUUCCUGUUCCACAAAGAGGGUAACAUCCUGUUGGAGGCUCUAAAAGAGUACAGGGAGGUGGAGGUGCUGCUCAGUGAUAAAGCUAGAGACAGAGAAUCCAUAUUUAAGGGGAAAGCCCUCCCGGGCGCCCUGUUGGAUGGCAGUAUGGUUGGAGCAGAAGAAGAGGACUGCUCCACAGGGGAGAAAGACCAAACUUCUCCCGCCUCUUCGGAACCUGUGGACCAAUCACAAGUAACUACUCAGGAACAGAGAACAGACGACUCAGUCGUAGCACAAGAGUCGGUUCAGCCAGCAGAGGGACUUGGAAGCUAUGUCUCCGUGGAUGUAGGGGAGGAACCUGCGGUGGACGAAGAUUCCAGCAGCCAGUCGGUGGACUCGCUGAUGGCUGAUUGGCAGGAGGACUUGGAAGCGUUUAAGCAGAUGGAGAAGGAUGAGCUUUGACAUUCCCCUCCAUCUCGGACUCCGCUAGGUUGUCCCAGCCAUAGCACAGACUGAGAAGUCAGUUCUGUCGAAUAGGGUCAAUAUAUCAGACAGGCGUGAUUAAGAACUCUGACUCGAAGAGCUCAGCCAGUUCUACAGCCAGUUCUCAGGGGCUUUUCUUUCCGAUUCACUUCUUUCCUGUUUUCUUCAACCGAACGCUGAAAAACUGUUAUUCCAGAUCUCACCAACACAUUACCACUUGUCUCUUUCUCUACAUGCUUAGGACGCACAAUCACUCCUGUUUUUGUCUUCCUUCUAACAAAUGGAUUCCCUGAUUAUUGAAGCGCAGGCUUAAAUCAUCAGUGCUGAUGAAUCAUCUGAAGGAUUGAUUACUUUAAUGGCUGGUUUAACUGUGAUGAAUUGCUUUUUUGCAAUAGGGUUCAUAGACGGUUCUUGUCUCAGUUUGCAGGGUCUGAAAAAGAAAAAAAACGAAGAACUUUAUGGAAUGAUAUAUGUGUAUGUUUGAGUGUUUGUAUGUAUGUUUAUUGUUUUUGAUUAAUAAGUGAAUCAGCCUGGGAGCCAAACAAACAAACCUCCUGCAAGUCAAAAAUGCUUCUUCCAGCCUUCUGCAUUAAGUAUUUAACGGUCUUACACAUUCAGUCCAGCUAAUAUGACUUUAUAAUGAGGUCAGUGUUUUCAAAGAAAAGCAUUAAAGGACCACGGAUGACAACUUUGCAUGUCAGUGACAGACUUUUUUCCAAGGAUGAAGGAGGCGUGCGAAGCAUCCUGAAGGAUCCGCCAGAGGGCGCCACUGCUCCAUUGCGCCCAAUAGCUAAUUAAUUGACUGGGAGACCAUGCCAGAGGGCGUGAAACGUGAUAAGCUCAAUAAAAUUGAUUGAAAAUUUUAA